AUGUCGUCUCCCGCUGUGAGCAAAGCUCCACCCAAACUGGGCUCCAAGGCCGGCACCCCCGCCAAACUCCGCAAAGGCUCAGGCUCUAGCGCAGCCUCCAAGCCCAGCACUGCGGUCCCCGAAAGCCCAAAGUCCACAAAGAAAGCCACACCCCGCAAGCUCUCCCAAAAGGCCCCCGAGCCCAUCGAGGCCGAUGAUCUAGACGAGCAGUCGAUCCCCGAGACUCCCUCCCCCAAGUCGAAGAAGAGAUCCGAACAACGCCGCCCUGUCUCUCCUCCCGACGACACCUCCGAAGCUCCCUCUGCCUCCGGCUCCGCUGCUCCACUUGGCCGGGCUGCAUCUGGCCUCACUGGUAAUGCUAAGGGUCUUGCUGGCAAGGCCAAGGAUACUGCUGAACAAGGCACCGAGACUGUUAAGCAAGGCGCCGAGACCGCCCAGAAUGGAGCGAAGGAUGUCACUGAGAAGCUCCCUGUACCACUGGACUUGUCUGCGCUGAAGGGUCUUGAGAUUGCUGAGGGUGGAGAGAUCCUUGGUCAGGAUGGAAACCCCAUUGGCAAGGUCGUUGAGGGUGACCCUGAGGACCUUGUCGGACAGACUGUCGGUGAUGACGGUGAGAUUGUUGACGAGGAAGGCGAUCUCAUUGGUCGCGUUGAUAUCUUGCACGAUGUCGCGGAGCAGGCCAAGGAUGCUGUCCCCGAAGAAGCACAGUCAAAGCUUGGGGAGGUUGAUUUGGAGAAUGUCAUCACAGACCUCGCUCAGCUUGACGGUCUUCCCGUUUCUGAUGGCGGUGUCAUCAAGAACGCCGCUGGUCAGAUUGUCGGCCGCAUUGUUGAGGGAGACCCGGAAGAUUUGAUUGGAUACACUCUCAAUGAUGAUGGCGAGAUUGUCGAUGAGGAGGGCGAUGCCAUCGGCCGUGUCGAUCUAAUCCCCGUCGAGGAGCAGAAGAAGGCCAUUGAAGAGGCCGCUGGCGAUGUGACCGACAAGGUUGACGGCGCCAAGGACGAUGUUGAGGACCAAUACGAAGAUGCUCAAGAUAAUCUUUCCGUCGAUGAAGCUAAGGAUGCCACUUCCAAUGUCGAAGGCACUGUCAACAAAGCCAAGUCGACUGCCAACGAUGCCGUCGAUGAGGUCGAAGAUGCGGCCUCUGAUGUCGAAAACGACGCCCCUGAUCUCGAUGAUGCCAAGGACACUGCCGAAGGCACUGUUGAUGACAACAAGAUCAACCUCGAAGACAAUGCUGAUGGUGUCAAGGACACCGCCGACGGUGCCGAAGACACUCUGGACGACGCCAAGAAGACCGCCGAAGAUGCCGCCGAAGACACCACCGAAGAUGUUAAGGACGCAGCCGAAGGUGUCAAAGAAGACGCAGAAGGCACCAUCGAGGACACCAAGGAUGGUGCCGAGGAUGCUGCAGAUGGCGCUCAAGAUACCCUCGAUGAGGCCCAGGAAACCGCCGAUGGCGCCGUCGAAGAUGCCGAAGAUGCAGUCGACGAAGCGCAGCAAGAGCUUCCCGACCUCUCAACCCUUGAAGGUCUCAUUUGCAACAAGCGCGGCUACAUCAUCAACCAGGCAACCGGUAAGCCCGUCGGUGAACUGACUGAGGGUGACCCCAAGAAGAUCUCCAAGCUGGGCGCAACCCUGGACAACAAGGGUCAAUUCUGGGACAACCGCGGCAACGUGAUCGGCAAAGCAAAGACCCUCCCCGUCGAAGAUGAUGAGGACGAUGAAGGUCCAUUCUCCGGCCUCGAGGGACUCGUUGUCGGCGAAGACGGCUUCAUUGAAGACGAGAACUCCACCCGUGUUGGCCGUCUCGUUGAAGGAGACGCCAAGAAGCUCAGCGGCCGCGGUGUCGAUGAAGAUGGCGAGAUCCUUGACCGCAAGGGUAACGUCAUCGGUCGGGCUGAACGCCUUGAGCCUGAGGAGGAAGAGCCUGAGGAGGCUGGCCCCGAUUUCUCGGCUGUCAAUGGUCUUUCUUGCAACAAGGCCGGCUAUGUCAUCGGUCCUGAUGGGUUCCCCAUUGCCCGCGUGAUCGAGGGCAACCCCAAGGAACUCACCGGAAAGAAGAUCCAAGAUGGCGAGAUCUACGACGGCAAAAAUGUCGUUGGUCGCGUUGAGCUUAUUCCUGAGGAUGAACUCGAGAGCAGACCUGAAGGCCCCUUCGCUGGCAUGGAAAGCCUGUUCGUCACCAAGGAUGGAUUUGUCGAGGAUGACGAAGGUACCAUCGUUGGCAAGCUUAUUGAAGGUGAUGCCAAGAAGCUGCGUGGUCGUGCCGUUGAUGAGGAUGGCGAGAUCACUGACAAGUACGGCAACGUGAAGGGUCGUGCUGAGCCUUACGAGGUCCCUGAGGAGGAGGAAGAAGUCCCCGAAGAGAUUGACCUUUCCAUCCUUGACGGCAAGGUUGUCAACAAGUCUGGCAACGUUGUUGACCCUGCCACUGGCGCCGUCGUUGGACGCAUUGUGGAAGGAGACAAGCGCCUUGCUGGCCGCAAGGUCGACGGCAAGGGCCAGAUCUGGGGCGACAAUGGCAAGAUUGUCGGUCGCGCCGAGCUGAUCCCUGGUGCCGAAGAAAACAAGGCCGAAGGACCCUUCUACGGCUUCGACAACGCAACCGUCGGCAAGGAUGGCGUCGUUCAGGACGGCGAGAAGAUCAUCGGCCGUUUGAUCGAAGGCGAUGCAAAGCGUCUUCUCGGCCGCAAGGUUGAUGAAGACGGUGAUGUCGUCGACAAGAAUGGCAACACCAUCGGCAAGGCCGAGCGCUGGGAGCCAGAGGAGAAGAAGCGCGAAGUCAACCCCAUGUCUGGUCGCAAGAUCACCAAGGAGGGCGAAGUUCGCGAUGCGGACGGAAACCUAAUUGGAAAGCUGACUGAUGGCAACUUGGCCACCCUUGUCGGCAAGGUCGUCGACGACAACGGAUACGUUGUUGACAACGAUGGUAACAAGAUUGGCGAAUGCACAUUGCUCGAGAACAUCCCCGAGCCCGAGCCCGAGCCCGAGGUUGAGGAAGAGGGUCCCACGCCUGAAGAGCAAGAGGCUGCUGCUAAGGCUGAGUCCGAUCGCCAGCUGGCUGAGAAGAUGAUCUACAUCCUCAACUCGACUCUCGAGCGUGUCAAGCCUGUUUGCAAGCAGAUCACAGAAGCUGUUGAAAAGGCUGAUCGCACUCCCAAGGAGGAGCUUGAUGAAGAAAAGCUGGUGCAGCAAGUCAAGCCUCUUCUCGAGGAAGGCGGCCGCAUUCUCCAGGAAUGCAAUGGCUCGAUUCGUGCCCUCGACCCCGAUGGACGCAUCGCUGCGACUGCCAAGGCACGCGCAGCUUCUCGCGAUGCCACUCCCGAGGAGUACCAGCUUGCAGACAUGAUCAAGGAGCUCACUGAGACUGUUGUCAAGUGUAUCGACAAUGGCAAGAAGCGUAUCGCCGAUAUGCCUCACGCUAAGAAGAAGCUGAACCCCCUUUGGGGUCUGCUUUCUGAGCCUCUGUUCCAGAUCAUUGCUGCCGUUGGCUUGUUGCUCAACGGUGUGCUUGGACUUGUCGGUCGUCUCCUUGAUGGUCUUGGUCUUGGUGGUUUGUUGAACGGCCUGCUCGGCAGUUUGGGCUUGAACAAGCUGAUUGAUGGACUUGGGCUCGGCAGCUUGACCGACGCCCUUGGUCUUGGGGGUAAGAAAUAA